CACCAGCUUGCCAAAAAUGUUCAAACCCACAGAGACUGAGGGAUGCAUCGAGUCCCUGAUUGCCGUUUUCCAAAAGUACAGUGGGAAGGAUGGGAACAGCUGCCCACUCUCCAAAACGGAGUUCCUCACCUUCAUGAACACGGAGCUGGCCGCCUUCACGAAGAACCAGAAGGACCCUGGUGUCCUGGACCGCAUGAUGAAGAAGCUGGAUCUCAACAGUGAUGGGCAGCUAGAUUUCCAAGAGUUUCUCAACCUCAUUGGUGGCUUAGCCGUAGCAUGCCAUGAUUCCUUCCUCAUGAGUUCCCAGAAGCGUUUCUAACCUUCCCAUUUCCCUUCCAGCCACCAAGUCAUUACGUCCUCCCCCACCCACACCUGCACUGAG